GACUACGUUCAUCUUGUACUUGAUUGGUUAGCAGUACUUCAAUCCACCAAUCAGAAAAGCCGUAACAGUUGCCUCAAGCAGACGACAUGAGAAAAUGACAACAGCAACAUGUGCGCAGACAUCGGUGGAUAAGUUUCUUGUUGAAAAGGCACCUCCUACUAUUUUCUACAUUCCUGAUUUCAUAACCAAAGAAGAAGAGCAACAUUUACUAAAUAAUGUGUAUUCAGCCCCAAAACCAAAAUGGACACAGUUAUCAAAUAGGAGGCUUCAGAACUGGGGUGGACUCCCACAUGCAAAGGGUAUGGUACCUGAAAACUUGCCACAGUGGCUGUCUGUGUAUGCCCAGAAGAUUGCCAGUUUGAGAGUAUUUGACGACAAAGUUCCAAACCAUGUAUUGGUGAAUGAGUACAAACCCGGCCAGGGUAUAAUGCCACACCAAGAUGGUGACUUGUUCUACCCUACUGUCUCCACUAUCACUCUGGGCUCCCACACCCUCCUGGACUUCUACCAUCACAUUAACAGCACUGAUCAGCGGUCUUCAGGGAGCGCCUCCCUUGCAGAGAGACACUUCCUGUCAUUAUUGCUGCAGCCUCGAAGCCUUGUUCUUGUAAAAGACGACAUGUACAAAGUACAUCUGCACGGCAUCUCUGAGCGGGUGACUGACGAAGUUACGGAUCUGAUCGCUAAUCUCGAUUCCUGCAAGGAUGCUCACACAGGGGACAGACUCACACGGGAAACAAGAGUGUCACUGACAAUACGAUUUGUUCCUAAAGUGCUCAAAACGAAAUUUCUGUUUGGAAAAUCAAAAAGAUAGCAAUUGCUUCUGGAAAUUCGCAUGUUAUUCUGUUGUACAAAAUGAUUUUAAAUAAAACU